UUUCAAUUAAAUAAUAAAACUAACUCUGGUAAUUAUAUUCUAACAGGCAACCCAUCUCGAAGAUCCAAGUCUGUGUCUCGUGAUUUAGGCAAUUCGGAUAAGGGACAAAUAGCCUCACCCAGGGAGCCACCCGAACCAGUGAACUCUCCAGAUCCGGAAUGUAAAGAGGAGGAUGAAAAAGAAGAAAAAGAAGAAAUUCAGGGAGAAAUCAGCCAUCCUGAUGGAAAGAUAGAAAAGGUUUAUAAGAAUGGGUGCCAUGUUAUAUUGUUUCCAAAUGGAACCCGAAAAGAAGCGAGUGCCGAUGGAAAGACGGUCACUGUCACCUUCUUCAACGGCGACGUCAAGCAGGUCAUGCCGGAUGGGAGAGUGAUCUACUACUACGCAGCCACCCUCACCACCCACACCACGUACCCAGGAGGACUGGAAGUCUUACAUUUCUCAAGCGGACAGAUAGAAAAACAUUUCCCAGAUGGAAGAAAAGAAAUCACGUUUCCUGAUCAGACUAUCAAAAACUUGUUUGCCGAUGGACAAGAAGAAAGCAUUUUCCCAGAUGGUACAAUCGUCAGAGGGCAACGAGAUGGCAACAAAAUCAUAGAGUUUAAUAAUGGCCAAAGAGAACUACAUACGGCCCAGUUCAAGAGACGGGAGUAUCCAGAUGGCACUGUUAAAACUGUGUAUACCAACGGUCUUCAAGAAACCAAAUAUUCAUCUGGUCGAGUAAGAGUUAAAGACAAGGAUGGUAAUGUUCUAAUGGACACAAAAUUGUCAUGAGCCUUGUGUAUGGCUAAUCAUGAAAUAACACUAACUUGAUUUUCUUCUUUAAAAAAUGUACAUUUCUUGUGGAUUCUGUGGUUUAAUUUAUGU